UACUAUAAAUAAGAGGAAAAUGUUAUUGUACAGCAUGACACUUUAGGCGAUCAUCUUCAAGUCAGCACUGUAUCGGAGCAAAAAAAGUAAACAUGAAAUUGAAAUUUCUAAUCAUAUUCUUCAUAGCAGUCCUUGCAUUAGGAUCAGCUAGUGAUGGUGAAACCACCACCAAAAGUACAAAUGAUUCUACCUCAUCUGAUGAUGAAACCGAAACUACCACAGAUUCCAAUACCACUGAAGCCUCUAAUGAAACGACAACCAAAACUCCAAACAACUCUGAUACCACUGAAUCCUCGACUGAUAAUAAUACAACAACCAAAACUCCAACAGAUACUGAUACUACUGAAUCUUCUAAAGGUGAUGAAACAACAACCAAAGCUCCAACAGAUACUGAUACCACUGAAUCUUCUACUGAUGAAAAAACAACAACCAAAGCCCCAACAGAUACUGAUACUACUGAAUCUUCUACUGGCGAUGAAACAACGACCAAGGCUCCUACGGAUACUGAUACCACUGAAUCUACUACAGAUGAUUCAAGCACCACAACUACCUCCACUACACCUGCACCACCAUCCUUCGACAAUAAUGUAGAUACUGCCACCGAUAAUUUACUUGGUAUCAACUGUAUGAUCCAAGCCGUCUAUACUAUAGCUGAUAAUGCACCUAAUUUUCAAUAUGACAUUGGUUUAUGCGGUUCAGCCAUACAAACUUCUGCAGCUGAUUUAUUGGAUAAAGUAAACGAACUUCAAACACGCACGUCCAAAGCUAUACAAGCCAAUGAUAAAACCUGUAAUAAUGCCAAUUUUAAUCAAAAUUCUGAUGCCUCUAAAACGCCCUCCGAUAAGUGUGUGACAAAAAUUAAAAACACCAUGGAAAAGCUAAAUGAUACGGUAGACAAAACUCUUACGAAAGUUAAUAAAUUAUUUAAUAAAACGAGCAAUUUUUGUGCUAAGAUGGCUCUUUUGAGAUUCAGAUUAACUCUGAAUAAUUUCAAUGCCAUGAUUCAAGAAUGUGCUAAAGUUGCGGGCGCUUAAAUAUUGUAAAUUAAAGAAUUCAAAAUAAAGUUAAAAAUGUACCAUUCACUUUUUCGAAA